AUGGCCAUUCGCCUGUGGAUGGUCACCCUGGCCUUGGUGGCCCUCCUCAUUGUGGACAGGGAAGUGCCAGUGUCAGCAGGAGAGUUCAUUUUCUCGAGAAUGCCCAUCUGUGAACACAUGGCGGAGCCUCCAAAUUGUGAACAGACACUUAACCAGGUCUGUGGCACUGAUGGGGUCACAUACGACAAUGAAUGCCAUCUCUGCGUGACCCGGAUAAAAACCAAAAAGGACAUCCAGAUCUUGAAUGAUGGCAAAUGCUGACUCCAAAGGAGCAUCUCAAUCUAUGAAGCUUCAGGCUGGAAAACAGUAGUGGGCAGGGAGAGAAUAUAACCUGAAAUAAAAGAUUCAGCACAACUCAGAAGUGGACCAGUCUUUGGGGACUCUGGGGAGGUGAUUACAGUAAAGGGUGGAGUGGUCUUUGCACUGUGCCCCCUGCUCUGAAUAUGAUGUCCAGCUCCUCUGCAUCCCUUUGGUGCUCCUCAACCUUGUCAUAUGUCCCCUCAAGGGUCCCAGUUAUCUGCUGUCUACUUGAGAAGCCAGCCUAUGGACAGUGCUUCUGCCUGCCCCA